CACACACACACACACACAUGCACUUCUUCUUCUGGAUGGUGAGAAAGCUGCGAACAAACAAACGCAGCAGUCGGUUGCUUGUGUGGGAGAAGAGGAAUGGAGUGAGGGAGGAAGCGUAUUGGAAGCAGACGGAGAUCGAGACGGAGACGGACUCUGCCCCUGUGUCCCGUCCAGACAGAUUUAGUGUCAGCGUUGGGUGUCACAGGAGCUGAGGAGGAGACCACAAACUGGCUCCUGCUUCACUUCUCUCUGGCUCUAAACUCUGACUUUGAUGAGACAUCUCGACCUCAACUUUUGGAUGUUUUGUCGGUGUUGGCAUCUGUGAUUUUUCUCACUGAGUCACUGGAUAUUAAAAGUUUCUUGAGGACAACUUGAGCUUUUCUCACUCCUGCCGGCUGAUGUUCAAACUUACAGUGUCACCUUCUGUGCUCUGUACAAGUCGGCAGCGUCAUGCAAUACUUACUCAACACUUUUAGUUUUAAAUUACAUCCUGGAAAUAUAAAAUGAAACUGCAGGCUCAUUGAGGUCCAUCUUAAGGAACAUGUAGUAUAUGUAAUAAUUUUCUAAUUAAAACUGGAAAACUUUAGGAAUUCCCAAGAGAUUCAGUGAACUUCAUCCCCGCUCUUCCUGCAGGACUCUCUGGCCGUUGGUGCUCACAGUUUCAGGACCUCAACUGUGCUCAACUUUAUUUUUAAAUUUGCUGCCUGCCGUCGUGAAACACCACAACAGAAAUACAUCUGAACAAAAUGGUUGUGUGACUGAAUGUAGAGACCAGCAGAGAAACCAGACCCAGUAGAAGUUAACUAAGUGACUGAGCUUUAACCGACGACAAUCAGCAGAUGCAGAGGAACAUAAGUAAACAGGAGGAGGUGAAGUUUGGCGGAGCGGCCAUGUCGCUGCCCGUGGAGCUGAGCUGCCUGCAGGGCGCCGGAGGAGCAGAUCGCGAGGCGGCGCUGGCGACACUGGAGAAACAGCUGAUCUGCCCGAUCUGCCUGGAGCUGUUCAACAAACCGGUGGUCAUCCUGCCCUGCCAGCACAACCUCUGCAGGAAGUGCGCCAACGAGCUCUACCAGCCCUCCCUGUUCCAGGCUCGGACCACCAUGAUGGUGAACAGCGGCCGUUUCCGCUGUCCGUCCUGCAGACAUGAAGUGGUCCUGGAUCGCCACGGCGUCUACGGCCUUCAGCGAAACCUGCUGGUGGAGAACAUCAUCGACGUCUACAAACAGGAAGUCCUCAACAACACUGCCAUAAGCCCCCUCCCUCCUCCUCCUCCGCUUCCUGUUGAGCCGACGUGUUCGGACCACGAGGGCGAGAAGGUGAACAUCUACUGUCUCACCUGUCAGGUCCCCACCUGUUCUCUCUGUAAAGUAUUCGGGGCUCAUCAGUCCUGUCAGGUGGCUCCUCUGAUGGACGUCUACCAGCAGCAGAAGGAUGAGCUGAAUGAAGGAGUCAGUUCUCUGGUGGCGGUCAACAAUAAAACCCAGGCUUUGAUCGAUGAGCUGGAGGAAACCUGCAGGAGAAUAGAGGAGAACUGUAAGGCUCAGAAACAGAGUGUGUGUGACCAGUUCAGCUGCAUGUUUUCCAUCCUGGAGGAGAGACACAAGGCGAUGGCGCGGCGAAUCAGCUCCGAGGAGGAAGAGAAGACAGGCCACGCCCAGGCGUUGGUGCGUUGCUACGGAGACAGCGUGGAGGCCAACAACAAACUGAUGGAGAGAGCAGCGAGCAGCAUGGAGGAGCCGGACAUGGCUGGUUUUGUCCAGAAUUCAAGAGAGCUGAUCACAAAAGUGAUAGCAGCGAGCAGCUCCUGUCCGACUGAGACGCUGAAACCAGGUUAUGAGAAUAUGAGCCACUACCAGUUUAACUUCAGCAGACAGGAGAGAGUUCUGAAGAGCAUCGACUUUAUUAAAGACGUGGUGGAUGUUCCUGAAGAACCAGAGGUUGAACCAGAGCCAGAGGAAGCCAAAGAACCCUCUGUCCAGAUCACAGAACCAACACACCAUCAGGAGACCUCCACCCAGGACCUGGACUCUGUCGUAGAACCAGUCAAAGAGGCAAUCCCCCCACCCGUGAUAUCACCAACAGUAGAAGCAGUACAGGCAGCAGCAGCGACCCCGGUCCUGACUCCACCAGCUCCACAGCUGCUUAGAGAUCCUGUGGAACCUGCAGAGGCAGAUCUGCAGCCAGAGACUGACGACACAGACUUGAAUGAUGAAGGAUCGGGUCAGAUUAAGAACAGGAAGGAGGAGGAGGAGAGAGACGAGGCCGAGGCUCCUGCCUCUGUCAAAGAGGCAAACAUCUGUGAACACCAGGAGGGAAUGAGCACACAACAGUGUGAGGGGGGAGAGACAGAAAGUGAUGCAGGUGAUUGGACGGCACAGAGAGAGACGGAGGUCAAACAAGGCGCUCAGUGUGAAGAAGAAGAAAUCCAGGUGAAGGAGGGAACAGAUGCUGUGUUUUACCCCAGCUGGUACAAACCAGGCAGCCGGCGCAGCGGCAGCCCUGACCAGACCGUGUGCAGCUCAACACAACCAACUGAGGAUUCCCUUUCAGAGGCCAGGACCUGGACUGAAACCGACCCCAACCAACCUCCCUCUGGACCCGCACCCUCAGCCCACCUGCAGCAGCGGCAACUCCCACUGUCCACUCAGCUUCACGCUCAGCCUUUUUUUCCUCUUCCUCAGCCUCCACACCAACCGCAGAGUCUGCCUCCUCUUCCUGAAUCCCAGUCUCAACACCACAUGAUGUCCACUGAGAUGGACAGUGCUUUUGUAUCUGUUCCCCAAGUGCUGGCGAGGCAGACAGCAGGAGAAGCUGCUGCAGUCGAGGAGGAAAACGAGGAGGAGGAGGACAUGCAGGGCUGGGUGUGUCUCCCUGGGACUGUGGAGGGUAGUUUUGGAGACAGUAGCUUAGACAGUUGUUCUGAUAAUAAUGAUACUACAUUGUCUGCACCACCAGAGGAGACGAGUUCAGGGAUGGAUAAAGACAACUUUAAGCUCAGUGAUGGAAGGGCUGAGGAUGCAGAGGAGGAAGAGCAGCUUAAAGAAGAUAUUUUAGGUUUUAAAGAUGCUUCAGGGUUGGAAGGAAAAGGGUUGGGAAGGAGUCAUUUUGAAGCUGAGACUGCGGAUGAAAGAGGUGAUGUGCUGAGGGAUGAUUUCUCCAGGUUACAGAGGAAUGCUGUAGCUACGAGGGAAGAUACCUCCGAGGUGAAAAAUGACGCCCUGGAUGUGUUAGAUCAUGGUGCAGAGAGUACAAGUAGCUUGAUACAGGGAGGCGGAGAAGCAGAGUUUGAGGCUGGUAGUUUGACGUUUGCAGAAAACAAACAGGAGGAUGGAGAGAACAGCGAGCAGCCUGACGACUUUAAUGACAAAAUGGAAACAAGUGUUGCUGAACCUGAAGAGAAAAUAACCUCCUGUGUCUCUCUGCAGAGGGAGACUGAGACUAGGAGUCCUGCUAAGACCAGUCCUCCCCUCUCCUCCUCCUCCUCCUCCUCGGCCUUCACCCUCAGCGAGGCUCCUCGUCGACCCAGUUUCUGCUUCUCAUGGCUAAACCCCCUCCACAAGAAGAAAUAGUGGGAAGCGAGAAGCGUUGAGGAGAUAAUGGAAGAUGCUCUUCCCUCCAGAGUCCGUUUGAUCAGCUCAGCACUGCUCUGGGACUGAAAGUUUAAAAGUUUAAAAUACAUCAGCACAUCAGUGUUGUGUGCACAAAACGGGAAUAGAUCUACUCUGGAUCUGAGUGUCUAAAGGGGAAAACACGGAUGCUGUUAUUUUAUUUUGAAAACUCAUUGAGAAUGAAUUGAGAGUUGUUUUUAUUUGUUGGUUGUUUUCUUUUUUUAAUGGCAGCUGUUGCCCUUCACAGGCUUCAGAUUUCUGACUUUAAGUGGCAGUAGCAGAGAGUAGGAACACUGUAGGGUAGCAGAGGUAUUUGGAGUAGUAGCAGUAGUCAUUACUUUAGUAGCUGUAGUUGUAGUAGAAGACGUACAAGUACGAGUUUUAGUACUUAAAGCAGAAUUUUCAAUAGUAUCGCAGCAGCAGUGGAGUAGUAGUGUAGUGAUGUUACUUUAGACGUGGUGCAGGAUGUGAACAGAAGAUUAUGUUGUGAUAAAUUUCACAGCAUUUUAGUGUUUUACUUGAACAAAAUCUACUAAUUUUGAUAAUGUUUUAGCUCUUAGACAUCAACCAUCCUGUCCUGUGACAGACUUUGGUAAGAGCCUACUGUUAGAUAAUGUUACAGGUUUCUGUCAGAAGAAAUUCACGGUCAGUAAACAGCCUUUUACUGUUGAUCUCAUAGUCAUAGGCCCAUAUAGGAAUCAGCAGUAGAGUAGUAGUAACAGUGGAUGAAAUAAAAGAUUCAUUUAAAGACCCAGUUAAAUCCUCAGGGUCCAGGUAGAACCAGUUUGGUUUUUGUUGGUUUUCUCACUACAGGAGCUUCCUGUGUGUGUGAGUGAAGCACUUUUCUUGAGCGUUUUGUUUGAUAUGUUUAUAGAUGAAAUAAAUCUGAUUUCAGUCACCUGAAA